ACCGUUCGCAAGUUUGCGAUGCUCAGAGCGGCGGUGUGGAUGGCGAUGUUGGAGGUUGCCUUCACCUACAAUCUCCCAUCUUCUCUUUUCUUUCGACGACAAGUGUUGACAAAAUGCAAUCUGGCACAUAUGCCUUUGCAUCGCCACUUUCGUCCAAGGCUGACUCCAGCGAUGUCGCAAAGUAUCUCGACCGAGAGACAAGGCGUAGGCACAGCCACGAGGGAGAGAGAGCGAUACGUUGUCUUCAACAGGUUUCAAACACGGGAUGGAGCCGGCGCAAAAUUCGAGAAGAGAUGGGCCGACCGGAAGAGCAGCUUGAAGCAGAUGGAAGGGUUUCGCCUGUUCAGUCUUCUCAGAAGAAUCGAUGACGACGCCAGUGACAGCAAAGGCUAUCCCGAGGACUUUCAGGACUAUAUGUCAAUGACAGUUUGGGAGAACAAGGAGAACUUUGACAGCUGGAGGAAGGGAUAUGCAUUCAAGGAGGCGCACGGGGGAGGAUCGCUGGGUGGGUUUCUGUCUGCAAUGAUCGGGAGCAUGAUGGUCCUGCGGACAUCUCCAACGCCUGCAAUGUGGGAUGGACUCUUUCCCAAGGCCUCAACGAAGCAGCUUGCAGCACUUGCGUUGCAAGGUCGAGAUGAGCACGGAAAGGUUGUUGCAGAUGGCAAGGCAAAGAUCCCGACAGAUUGCUUCAUGACUAUGGAUUUCUAUCAGCUUAAGGAUCAGUCUGACGACAAAUUCGAACAACUCUGGUCUCAGAUCUCCCCUCAGCUCCAAGAAGACGACAGAUGCCUGGCCUCCAUCCUCCUGCGACGAGCAGGAAGCAAGGCGACUCGUCCCGACGACGCCUUCACGUAUGCCUCCUGCUCCUUCUGGCCAUCUGAGGCAGUGUGGAAGGAAUGGAAGGAGUCGGAGGGGCGUCCGCUAUUGAGCAGCCUUGAGGAGCAGAUUUCUUCUUCCGCCGCCGUAGAGAAUCGUUUCACAAGUCGCUGGGAAGGAACUUUGCUGUUGUCAGCUCCGAAUGGAAUUUGAUGCGGAGGUCAUUCAGCGCAUUCCAUGAACUUGAUGGUGUCAAUGACGCAUGGUGCUUGUAAAGAGAAUUUAUUUUCAAAAUUGAUUGGAAAUCAGUAUAUUGCUACAUCAUUUACAAUUACUCUGAAUCUCUCAACACGGUAGCAGCAUGUACACAACACGACACUGUCCGCACUUUGCCCCCUUCGCUUCUUAUCUCUAUCCACACAUCUGAACACAAAUGCAACUAAUGUGCAGCAGGGAGCUGCAGGCCGUCGAGAAUCUCGAGGUCGCUGUCAUUGGGGACGAGCCACGAGAGAUCGAACCCUUCGCUGGUCUCAGAAGACGUCAUCUCCGUGCCGUCGCUGUACUCCGUGUUGAGCGAGGAGGCGGACGUGGAGGAGAAGAGCGGUUCUUCGAUGAGGGAGGGCAGCGUCGGGCACGGUCUUGACACUUCCGUGACUUGGUUCGAGGGGAGCGGCGGAAGCGGAGGCAGCACCUUGGUAACCAUCCUCGACCGAGCCAGCACUGCGUCCUCGAUCUUCUUGCCCUUCCCAGGGACCUUGCUGCGAGCAAAAUUUUCCUUAGAAGAAGCUUGCGAGCUGGAGGCCUCGCCGGUCAGGUUGUGGGGCGAGGUUUCUGACUUGACAGGGGAAAAAAGGCCUUGCUUUCUAAGGACUAUCUUGUUCCCCUUGAAGGGCCACUUUGCGAUUCCGAGCUGACGACACACCUUCUUAAUGACAGUUGCACAGACACCCAGCUUCUUGCAGACUUGAUGCUGAGGCAUGUUGAAGAACCCCUCUAGCUUCUGCCUGGUGAUUACAAUUGGUGGUCGAUUGCUGCCCAGUUUGUCUUGUCCCGAUUUUCUUCGUGGAAAGAUUGUUACAUCGUCGCAAUUGGGCAGGAGUCUGGAUUUUUUUCGCUUUCCGUCAUUGCUCGGAGAUCCACAAGAAACAGAAUGUUGAGUUGGUAAUGUGUUUUGAAAUGGAUCUGCAAUCUUGAUGUUGUAGAAAUCCUUGAUGUGAGACGAGUAUACGUUCGUAUAGUUGGAAAAGGUCCCCGCAUCAUACCAAGUGUUGUAAGGAAAUCCACUCAUUUUGCCUUGUCU